AUGGUGCGUGCGAUCGCUGUGCUGCUGAUUGCUGUUCUUGUUCCUGGUGUGUCCAUCCAUCCGAUGCACUGGCCGGUUGUCCUGCUGACCCUCACACGGUUCGAUCCCUCGCUCAUGGCUCGUGCACUCGUCGGAGUGCCAUCCUUUUAUCGGUGGCUCAGCCGCAAAUACCCCAAGUGUGUCAAGGAUGUUGUGGAGGAUCGGCCGCAGAACAUUGGUGGCGAGUAUGUCCCAGUGGACAUCUCGCAACCGAACCCAAACAAGCGAGAGUUUGACAACCUCUACCUGGAUAUGAACGGCAUCAUCCAUCCUGCGUCUCAUCCCGAGGAUCGGCCCGCCCCAGAGACAGAAGAUGACAUGUUCGUCGCCGUUCUUGAGUACCUUGACCGCGUGGUGGCGUGUGUCAGGCCACGCAAGUUGCUGUUCAUGGCCAUUGACGGUGUUGCUCCGCGCGCCAAGAUGAACCAGCAGCGAUCCCGUCGCUUCAAAUCAGCCAAGGUGUGCCUUAAUGCUGUGUUGUGGUGGGGGUGUGUGGUGGGUGGUGGGGGUGUCUGUAUCUCUGUGUGUGUGUGUGUGACGUUCGACUCAAACGUCAUCACGCCGGGCACGCCGUUUAUGGACAAGCUUGCAGAGUACCUGCGGUGCUUCAUCCAUGAGAAGGUGUCCUCCGAUCCAGGAUGGACAGGCAUCAAGGUGAUCUUGUCUGAUGCAACUGUACCCGGUGAGGGCGAGCACAAGAUCAUGGAUUUCAUUCGCAGACAGCGCGCACACCCAGAAUACGACGCGAACACCAGCCACGUGAUUCACGGAUUGGAUGCAGAUUUAAUUCUGCUCGCGCUGGCGACACAUGAGCCGCAUUUCACCAUUCUUCGUGAGGAGGUCACGCCGCGCAACCGCGAAAAGUCUGCACAGGAGAAGGCAAUGGCAGCCCUUGCUGUACGUCGUGUAUGCAUCUGGAUUUUCCUGCAGGUGAAUGUGCUGCGAGAGUAUCUGGAGAAGGAGAUGCGGGUGGCAGAUUUCUCCGCUGCCGGCGGAUUUGACCUCGAACGCGUCAUCGACGACUUUGUCUUUAUGUGCUGUUUCGUCGGGAAUGACUUUCUGCCCCACCUCCCAUCCUUGAAGAUCAACGAGGGCGCCAUUGAUACCAUUCUUGAUCUGUAUCGGAAAGAUUUUCCGGCGUUUGGCGGAUACCUGACGCAAUCAUCAGAGGUGAACCUUGAACGGGUGCAGCUGCUGCUGCAUGGCCUGGCAGAGGUCGAGAACAAGAUCCUCAGCGAUCGACGGUUCAAGGAGCAGCGGCGAAAACAAAAGGAUGUCGACAUCACCAACAAGAAGACAACGCGCGAACAUCUGCAGUUGAUCCUGGAUUGCGCUCUCAGCCCGCCACAGCUGCCCAUAGGCGACUCGGAGCCCCCGCAGAAGCGCCCACACAUGCAGCAAAGAGUCACUGAUCUUUCCUCCAUCCAUCACCUCUCCUCCGAGCACUUUCGCAUCAAGAACCGUGGGCCGGGUGGUGUUCGCGUGCUGCGGCCGGAUGUGGACGAGAGAAGUGCCAAUCGUCUUCGUCUGCUCGAUCGCAUCAGGGAGUUUGCUGAUGCCCAUCCAAGGAAGGCAAAGAUGGACCUCAAGUCCCUUCGCUCGUUUGAACGCGCGCUCGCACACGCCUACAGCGAGGAGCUUGGUCUAGGCCACCGGUCUGAGGGGGAAGAGCCAAACAGGUACCUGGUCAUCACUCAUCCAGAGGUCGAGGACGAAGACGAUGACGACGAAGACGAAGAAGACGAGGAUGACGAUGGCAGCGCAGCCCGCGACGCGUUGAAGGCGGCUGUGAAAGAGCGCCUGCGGAAUAUGAAUGACAAACGCGUGGAGCAGCACGAGGAGCAAGUGAAUCUUGGCCUGCACGGCUACCACGAGCGGUACUACAAGCUCAAGUUUGGCGACAGCGUGCAGCCCCGCGACGUGGCGCGCGCAUAUGUGGAGGGCCUGUGCUGGGUCAUGAAGUACUACUACGAGGGCUGUCCGUCGUGGAACUGGUUUUACCCAUACCAUUACGCUCCUUUCGCGCAGGAUUUUGUCGACGUUGCCGGGAUGUCGAUUCGCUUUGAUGGUGGGUCGCCCUUCACGCCGUUCCAGCAGCUGAUGGCCGUCUUCCCGCCCGCGUCCUCGCACGCCCUUCCCCAAGCAUACAGGAACCUCAUGCUGGACCCCAAGAGUCCCAUUGCAGACUUUUAUCCACGCGAGUUUGAACUCGACUUUGACGGUGCCCGGUUUGCCUGGCAGGCCGUGGCCCUCCUCCCCUUUAUCGACGAGACGCGCCUGCUGACGGCAAUUGCACCGCUGGAGUCGACGCUCACGGAAGAGGAACGGCGGCGAAAUGCACGCGGUGUCAACCUCCUUCACGUGCACCAGCGCCACCCGCUUGCACUGCAGGUUGUGCCUCUCGACCCUGACUUUAGUGGUGACGACAAUGAUGCCCGCGAGCACCAGCAGCAGCAGAAAGAGCAGGAAGAGAACAAGCAGUCGCCAGGUGAGGCUGCCACGGCUGAACAGGCGGGCACACCACUGCUCUCUGAGGCGGAACAGAACGCGCUGGCGGCGGAGCAGCUGCAGGCCGAGCUCAUGGGCGAUUACGAGCGCGCAGAUGAACUGAAGAGGAAACUCGAAGCUGCACAGCAACAACAACAACAACAACAACAACAACAACAACAACAACAACAACAACAACAACAACAACAACAACAACAACAGUCGGGCAAUGUGGUCGUGAAUGCGACUGAUGCUGCAGCAGCUGAAGCUUACAAGACAAGCCUUCCACAGGGUGCAGAAGAGAUCAGGGAUGUCUCACAGACAGGCAUAUCUGGGUUUGUUCGCUAUUCUCAGCUCUCCGUUGGGCUCGGCGUCUUGUACACCCCGCCCGAAUUUAAGGGGAAAAACACGGACAGUGUGUAUCUUCUCAAGGCGUUCACCAAUCGCACGGCCAUGUCGCAAUACUACUUCCCAGCGCCCUGCAAGCACCAGUCACGCAUCCUGCCAGCCUGCACCCUCCCGACCCCUGUGCUGGACAACCUGGACACGAUCAACUUCCCCCGCUUCGUGUCUGUUCCUCGUGGUGGCUACCACGGCGGUCCCCCAAUGAUGCAUGGCCGCUCCCGCGUGCCCUCCCAGUUCCAGCUGGCGGUGGCGCCUGGCGGUGGUGGUGGUGGCUUCCCUGCCGGCCCGCGCCCCGGUGUGCAUUACCGCAAUCAGAUCACUGCUGCCUUCCACGCACCGCCGCUCCUGCCCACCGGUCCCCAGCAGCACGCGCCAUACCCCCACCACGACUCGUAUCAGCGCGACCCGUAUGCAGCAGCACUGCCGCCGCCGUCACACAGGCCACCGUACCGCCCACCAGCGCAUGCACACGGGCGCGGAACGUACCCUGCGCCUGGUCGUGCCCCGACCCGUCCGCCCUCACAGCUGACCCAGCCAUAUCUGGGCUCGCGUCCCCCACCCCCGGGCUCGGUGUACCGGCCGUCGUACCCACCGGCACAUGCCGGAUCACGCCCGCCACGCGCUGUGUACGGUGGACCCGACAGGCACGCAGCCCCGUACCAGCCACAACCGCCAGGGCAGGGAUACCGCAGGUACCCUGAUCGCCAGCGUGACUAUGCGGAUUACGGAGCCACACGCUCUGACCAGUAUGUGCCCUCUCGCGCGUACGGGUCACGCCCGCCGCCACCGCCGCAUCAACAGCGCACAUAUCCAGCCAGCCACGGCGGACCGCCGCCCCCUGCACCGCAGCAACAACAACAGCAGCAGCAGCAGCAGCAAGGCUAUCGUCCCACACACUUUCCCUCUGCGCGCAAGUGACUGAACUUUUGUGCACAGUGACCCGUUGGGCUGCGCUGUCUCGGUUGUCGUGCCACAACUGGCACUCCCUUGUACUACACGCUUGCAGUUUGUGCUUGCUGGCUUCCUUCUCGUGCUCACGUGCACCCUGGCUGGCGAUCGACAGACAGUCUGUUGUCUUGCAUGAGCCUGUAUGUCACUUUACAACGAGUAAAGCAGCUGUGGUCGACAUGGCAGUGUGAUGGGUAGAGAUGCACAGGUGCAAUGUAGGAUAUGGGUUGCGAAAUGACAGCCAGCACAACGCGCUCAACAAUAAAACACCACUGUGUUCGC